CACACACACCUUCGAGCGUCAGAACUGCUCUAUUACAGCUAUCACACUUUUUAUUCUUUUUUUUCUCGCACAAAUUAACCUUCCGCUGAUUCCAACAUUUAUCUUUCUUGCAAAUGGCCACAAGGUAUACGUUUCCAUCAACACACACUUGAAGUGUAAACCCUCUCCGCAGCUCAGGUCACCUGGAUGCGGGCAGAAACACCUGCUGGCGGAGGACGCACUACUUCACACGGCACUUUUUUUUUUUCCGUCCAAGCUCGUUCCACCCACACUGGCUCUGAGAGCGCAACACGAAUAACCGGGUCAGUGUCCGCAGCACGUCUCGCUCUCAUGGUCCUCUUAUUUCAACGAGGUCCCCUUGUUUUCUCAUCGGAUAUGAUCUGGAGACUCGUGGUCCUCCUGCACGUCCUUCUCCUGGGAGCUGAGAGCAGCAGCCGCGGGGGGAGGACGGUGACUUUCCACCGGACUCAGCAGGAUGACAGCCGGGACCGAGCGCGCGCGCGCCCCAGGAGGGAUACGAGGCCAUUUCACGGACCCCCCUUCACCUCCUGCCGGACCCCCCUCACCCCCGUCGAGCACAAGGUCCUGGAUGACAACACGCAUGAGACCGGUUUUAACGGCGAUGAUGGCUCCUAUGUAAUUCUCACAUGGGUGGGCGACGGCACCGGGGUCGUCCUGGUGCUGUCAACAUUCAGUGCUCCGAUAGAUUCUUUCAUCGAAGGCGGCUCCUCGCGACUUUAUCGAAGCACGGAUUAUGCAAAAUCCUUCCACGACAUUUCCCAUCGGAUCAACAACACCUUCAUAAGGGAGGAGUUUGGAGUCAGUGUUGGACCGGGGAGCUCUGUGAUUCUGACGGCAGACGUUCCGGUGCUGGAUAACCGAGGCGGGAUCGUCUUCACCUCCACGGACGCCGGCGCGACCUUCAAGUUCAUCCAACUGCCCUUCCACCUGGCUCAGCCCAUCACGUACCACUUCCUGAACCCGGGGUACCUCGUGGCACUCAGCAUUGAUGGCGGUCUGUGGCUCUCUCUGGACUUUGGCGCCCAGUGGACAAAAGUUCAUGAUGGAGUGCAUUCUUUCUCAUGGGGGGCCGGCGUUAAUUUGUUCUUCAGCUGCAGUCGAACCGACGCAGUUGAGGCCGAAGAGAGAGGGGAUCUAGUCCUGAAGAGGACAACAGAUCUGGGGACGUCCUUCACCACAAUCCACGAGGACAUCUACAGCUUUGGCUACAUAGGAGCCUUUCUCUUCUUCUCCGUGAUGGAGGAUUCGAGAUCCCCUCGUGUCAUGUAUUUCUCGUCAGACCAAGGAGACACCUUCAGUCGAGCUCUGCUCCCUUCUGCCUCCACUGAGCAGUUCUACUCCAUCCUGGAUGGAGAUGAAGAUAUGCUCUUCAUGCAUGUGGACAACCCAGGAGACACUUUCUUUGGAACCAUGUACACGUCAGAUGACCGGGGCAUCUUGUUCUCCAAAUCCCUGGAGCGCCACCUGUUUGAUGGGCAGAGGAAGAGCGAUUUCACCAACAUAACGUCCCUGAGAGGAGUCUACCUCACUAAUAAACUAGACGAGGAUGGGCGUAUACGAUCUGUCAUUUCCUUUAAUAGAGGAGGGACGUGGAGACACCUUAACAAGCCUGAGAACGUGGACUGUGGGGAGCAAGUCAAACAUUGCAACAUUCAUAUUCACGGAGAGCACAGUCGCAACAUCCGCAUCGUUCCCAUGCUGGCUCUGUCUGAGCCAACGGCUAUUGGUCUGGUUAUCGCUCACGGCACUGUGGGUGACUCUCUGUCGUCGUCGCAGCACCCAGAUGUGUUUGUCUCCUCAGACGGGGGUUAUAACUGGAGGGGGACACUGAGAGGUCCUCACCACUACAGCAUAUUGGACUCUGGGGGUCUCAUUGUGGCUGUGGAGGCCCAGCGUGAAGGACAAGUCAAGACUAUCAAGUUCUCCACAGACGAGGGCCAGUGCUGGAAGUCCUACAACUUCACGGAGCAGCCCUUCUUCUUCGCGGGCCUGGCGUCUGAGCCGGGGACCAAGGCCAUGAAUGUCAGCGUGUGGGGCUUCCGACCCGAGGAGGACGGCCAGCCCAUGUGGGUGGCCGUCACCAUUGACUUCCAGAGCCUCAUUACAAGAGAGUGUAAUGAGGAGGACUAUGAGGAGUGGUUGGCUCACGCUACUGGCGGAGGAGACUUGACGAGAAACGGCUGUCUCCUGGGCGUCAAGGAGACCUACAGGAGGCUCAAGAAACCGUCUGUGUGCAGAAAUGGCCGAGGCUUCGUGGUGAGCAAGAAGCAAAGCCCCUGCCUGUGCACCAGAGAAGAUUACUUAUGCGACUACGGUUACGAUCGUCGUGUGAACACCUCAGAGUGUGUGAGACAACACAGCGCUGCCAAUAAAACCUUGGAGCUCUGUCUGAACGGAGAGGAGGAUGAGCUGCUGACAGCAGGGUACCGUAAGGUCCCGAGUGAUCGGUGUGAGGGGGGGUUCAGUACUCAGCUCGCAGUGCAGACAGUCAUCAGACCCUGUGGCAUUAAACCCAGCCCCGGUCCACCUGCCAGGUCCUUGUCUCCAGUCACUCACUUUGACACAGCGCGAGAGAGGCUGGUGUUGAUCCUGGUGUGUGCAGGAGCAGGGGUCAUCAUCCUGGUAGUUAUCGUUUCCGCCGUCCUAGCUGUCAGAAAGGUGGUUUACACAAACAGGUCGCCAGUGUAUCGUUUCUCCAACCUCCGGAUUCAGGAUGAAGAUCACGGCACCACGGCCGAUCUUGAAAGCGCCACCAGCAGCAAUGGCACGGCCUGCCUGCAGGAAUCAGAUGAUGAUCUUAUCCAAUGACACAUGACACAAUCCUAUGGAUGUAUUGAAUAUUCAAGAUUGGGACCAGCUGUGCUGAAAAACACUGUCAAAGGCUUUUGUUGGACUCAUCCCUGACAUUUUGAUGGGAGCACCCUUUGUGGCAAAGUUCUGAGGAUUUGAAGGACAAGCAUAAGAAUGUCUAAUUUAUUGAGCUAGCUUAAUUUCAUUGUAUUACUUUGCUUCCUCUGAUUAAUUUGUACAGUAUUUUUUUUUUUUUAAAUUGUACUCUGUGUUGCACCGCGUUUUUAAUUUCUGCUCAAUGUGAAACCAUUCAAGACAAUUCUAAAAAUGUGCAUUUGAGGGAGAAAAAGAAAAGAAAACAAUUAAAAUACAUAAAAAGAUACAUACUAUUAUUACGUGUCUGUUGCCGUUUUAAACAUGCCAUGAUCAGAUUAAACGUGUGUAUUGAACGCACAAUAACACUG